AUGCAGCCCGUUAACUUGGAUGAAGCCAAGGCACAUCUCCGUGAAGGUCACUAUGGUGAUGAACACGAUGAAAAGAUCACAUCCAGGACCUCAACCCUGGAUACCGAAGGCAGAUACUUUGAUGCAUCUUCCCUAGCAGCCCUAAGGGCUCCAGGUCAUAAGAAGAUUCGCAGGCUAUCGGCUGGUAGCAAGUUGUCAAGCUACUAUUAUAUAGGAGCUGAACUGAGAAUAUGCUCAGAUUGCGUGAAAAAGUCAUCUUCGCGUCCACUAUUGCGUGACAUUAUAGAUCGCAAAACUGGAGAACCAAAGAUUUUAAAGAUCAUAUCAAAGUCCAGGAUUCCCCCUGGAAUUGACAGUCUAAACAACUGGAGAACAUUGUGCGAAAAACUUCUUAACAUGCCACCAAUGCCUAAUCUUAUGCGUAUUGAUCAAAUAUGGGAAUCUGAAACAAGUUUCUAUAUUGUGACUGAAAAGUUUAUCGGUGGGGAACUCUUUGAAUAUCUACUGAAGGAGAAAGCUAUCCCGGAGGAUAUUUGCAAGUACAUUUUUAGGCAGAUUCUUUAUGCUGUUGACACUCUCCACUCAAUGAAUCUACUACACAGGGACAUUAAGCCUGAAAAUAUCAUGUUCAGGAAUCCCACAAAGUCUAUACUUCCAAUUCCAGAGAGAUAUGAAUUGGCCCUGAUUGACUUUGACACAUGCAAAAUGACGGAUAGUGCAGCCGCUGAUCGCAGUGAAAUUGUCAAUGGAAAAAGGAGACUGGUUGGCACAUAUGGUUAUCUAGCUCCAGAGAUUCUUAGAGGAGAUGACUAUUCAACAGCAUCUGAUCUCUGGUCUGUUGGAAUAGUGUUGUACAUUCUCAUGACUGGUAUACCGCCAAUAUCAAUGGACAAAAUGUAUGAUGCAAAGGCUAGUCAUGCCGUCCUUGCGGCUGCUGAGGCUAAUGGAAUAGAUUUUAACACACCUCCACUAAUUGAAUUCCCGCUUGCAAGGGACCUUUGCAAGCGUUUGCUUUGCUUUGAUAAACAUAAGCGCAUAUCCUCAGCGGCUGAUGCCCUUGCGCAUCCCUGGCUUGCUGGAUUGCCAAGUAUUUUUGAUUGCGCACUACGCCUUCGCAACUACAACAAUCAACAUAGGAGAGGUGAUAAUGGAUUCAAGGAUAACAAUAACAACUUUGGACAUAGAUUUGGAAAUUUUAAACCGGGUGGCUCCAGUCAGGACAAAAAAUCUGGUGACGGCUCAAAGUAUAAGCAAUCCGGAGGGCAACAAGACAACAUGGAAAACAACGAUCCAGCCGAAAACACGGAGAAUAAAACAUCGGGGAAGAGAGACAUUAAUGCAGUAUAUGAAAAUGAUUCAGAUGUACUAAAAACAAAGGAAUGCACUAGAGCGGUGCUGAUACAAAGCCUAACAACUAAUGCAGAAUCAAUUGAAGGAAUCUUCAAAAAACCACUUAGACGCAAGACUGAUGUGCAGAGACCAUUUGUCGAAGCAUAA